AUGUUUGAGUUUAUGGUUGAACGAUCCGAUAAGAAAGAAUAUGUGGUGAGGUGUUCUCAGGAAGGAUGUACUUGGAUAUGUCGAUCGUCAAAAUCGGGUAAAACGAAUCUAUUUAAGAUUCGAAAGAUUGGUAGUCACACAUGUGGAUCAAAUGUGGUGUUGGGUUCACACAGACAAGUAUCAGCUACAGUUGUGUCAUCUAGCAUCAAGUACAAGUACACAUCGGCUGACACCAUAUACACACCAAAGGACAUAUGCAGUGAUAUGCUACAUACUUUUGGAGUAUAUUUGAAUUACUCAAAAGCUUGGAGAUUCCAUGAACAAACAUUGAAGAUGAUUAGGGGUGAUCCGACGGAAUCAUUCGAUAGGAUACCAAGCUUCUUCUACAUAGUUCGACAAAUAAAUCCUAGUACGGUCACAGAGUUGGAGGUCGAUAGUCACAAUAGGUUCAAGUACUGUUUUAUGGCACUCGGUGCAUCAAUACGAGGGUGGCAACAUUGUAGGCCCGUAAUUGUCGUUGACGGUACUUAUUUGAAUGGUCAUUACGGAGGUACCCUAUUCACAGCAUGUACACAGGAUGCAAAUAAUGACAUAUUUGUUCUUGCUUUUGGAGUAUGGGAUAAUGAGAACGAUAAAUCUUGGAGAUGA